UUUCUUCCCGCCAACUUUGCUUGGGGGCUGCGGCCCGGCCCCUGGGUUAGGGAGCGGGGCUGCGUGGGAGGCGGGCAGGCGGGGGCGCGGAGUUUCGCCACGCUCCCUAAGCGUUCUGCUGAGAGUCAUCAAUUAUGCAAGGGAACGGCGCGCUGCACUGGGGGGAAGGCAGGGGAGGCAGCGCACCAAGAUGGCGACAACCGCAGUUUCUCCUGCAGCCUCCCCACCUCUGCAGUCCAGCAACGCCUUGCAGGAGUCGCGCUAGCGCCGAAGCCACAAGCUGACCUAUCCCGGGCGCAUCAUAACUAAAUAAGUUUCUGCAGGAUGAAAAAAUGGCAGGGCGGCUGCUUGCACCACCAGGCCCUGAUAGUUUUCGACCUUUCACUCCGGAAUCUCUGGCUAACAUCGAGAAGCGCAUCGCAGAAGAUAAGAAGAAGAAGCGCCCCAAGCAAGACAGCAGUCACAGAGAUGACGACGAAGAGAGCAAACCAAAACCAAACAGUGACCUGGAGGCAGGGAAGAAUUUGCCUUUCAUCUAUGGGGAUAUCCCAAAAGGCCUGGUUGCUGUGCCACUGGAGGACUUUGACCCUUUCUAUUUGACGCAGAAAACCUUUGUAGUACUAAACAGAGGCAAAACACUCUUCCGAUUUAGUGCCACGCCUGCCUUGUACAUUUUAAGUCCUUUUAAUCUGCUUAGGAGAAUAGCUAUUAAAAUUUUGAUACAUUCAGUAUUUAGCAUGAUCAUUAUGUGCACUAUUUUGACGAACUGUGUGUUCAUGACUUUUAGUAACCCACCAGAGUGGUCGAAACAGGUGGAGUACACAUUCACUGGUAUAUAUACAUUUGAAUCACUUGUGAAAAUUAUUGCAAGAGGCUUCUGCAUAGACGGCUUCACUUUUCUCCGUGACCCAUGGAACUGGCUAGACUUCAGUGUCAUCAUGAUGGCAUAUGUCACAGAGUUUGUGGACCUUGGGAAUGUGUCAGCCUUGAGAACUUUCAGAGUUCUCCGAGCUUUGAAAACUAUCUCUGUCAUUCCAGGCCUGAAGACUAUCGUGGGAGCCCUGAUCCAGUCUGUGAAGAAGCUGUCAGAUGUGAUGAUUUUGACAGUGUUUUGCCUCAGCGUAUUUGCUUUAAUUGGGCUUCAGCUGUUCAUGGGGAAUCUAAGGAACAAGUGUGUCAUCUGGCCCAUUGAUCUCAAUGAGACCUACCUGGAAAAUGGCACCAAGGGCUUUGACUGGGAAGAAUACACCAACAAUGUUUCCAAUUUUUACACAUUACCUGGGUUUCUUGAUCCUUUGUUGUGCGGUAACAGCUCUGACGCAGGCCAAUGCCCCGAGGGCUUUACAUGCAUGAAAGCAGGGAGGAAUCCAAACUAUGGCUACACCAGCUUUGAUACCUUCAGUUGGGCUUUCCUGGCCUUAUUUCGCCUCAUGACUCAGGAUUUCUGGGAAAACUUGUAUCAGUUAACUUUGCGAGCAGCGGGGAAAACCUACAUGAUCUUUUUCGUCCUGGUUAUUUUCGUUGGGUCGUUCUACCUGGUAAACUUGAUUUUGGCUGUGGUGGCCAUGGCCUAUGAAGAACAAAACCAGGCGACACUGGAAGAGGCGGAGCAGAAGGAAGCAGAAUUCAAGGCCAUGUUGGAACAGCUGAAAAAGCAACAGGAGGAAGCUCAGGCUGCAGCCAUGGCCACUUCAGCAGGGACAGUCUCAGAAGAUGCUGUGGAAGAGGAUGGUGGAGGAAGGAUGUCCCAGAGCUCUUCUGAGAUCUCCAAGCUCAGCUCUAAGAGCGCCAAGGAGAGGCGGAAUAGGAGGAAGAAGCGGAAGCAGAAGGAGCUGUCGGAAGGAGAAGAGAAGGGAGAUGUUGAGAAGGUGUUUAAGUCAGAGUCGGAAGAUGGCAUGAGGAGGAAGGUCUUCCGCUUGCCAGACAACAGGUUGGGGCGGAAACUUUCCAUCAUGAACCAGUCGCUGCUCAGCAUCCCAGGAUCUCCCUAUCUCUCCCGGCACAACAGCAAAAGCAGCAUCUUCAGCUUCAAGAGAGGUUUCCGCGACCCGGGUUCAGAAAACGAAUUUGCCGAUGACGAGCAUAGCACAGUGGAGGAGAGCGAGGGCCGGAGGGAUUCCCUCUUCAUCCCGAUCCGGGGCCACGAGAGGAAAAGCAGCUACAGCGGUUACAGCGGCUACAGCCAGGGGAGCAGAUCGUCCCGCAUCUUUCCCAGCAUCCGCCGGAACAUGAAGCGGAACAGCACCGUGGACUGCAACGGCGUGGUCUCCCUGAUUGGUGGCCCAACCUCCAACAUACCCAGCGGACGGCUUCUGCCUGAGGUGAAAAUAGAUAAGGCAGCUACUGAUGACAGCGGAACCACUGAGGUGGAGAUUAAAAAGAAAGCUACUGGGUCACUCUUGGUAUCAAUGGACCAGCUGAAUGCAUCCUAUGGAAGGAAGGACCGAACCAACAGUAUAAUGACAGUAAUCACAAAUACCCUUGUAGAAGAACUAGAAGAAUCCCAAAGAAAAUGCCCUCCCUGCUGGUACAAAUUUGCCAACAUCUUCCUUAUUUGGGAGUGCCACCCAUACUGGAUGAAGCUGAAAGAAAUUGUCAACUUGAUUGUCUUCGACCCCUUUGUGGAUUUAGCCAUUACGAUCUGUAUUGUUUUGAAUACUCUGUUCAUGGCAAUGGAGCACCAUCCCAUGACCCCACAGUUUGAGCAUGUCUUGGCUGUAGGGAACCUGGUUUUCACUGGAAUUUUCACAGCUGAGAUGUUCCUAAAGCUCAUAGCAAUGGACCCCUACUAUUAUUUCCAAGAAGGGUGGAACAUUUUUGAUGGAUUUAUUGUCUCUCUCAGUUUGCUGGAGCUGAUGCUGGCAGAUGUGGAAGGGCUUUCGGUGUUGCGAUCUUUCCGAUUGUUGAGGGUCUUCAAGCUGGCAAAAUCCUGGCCUACUCUGAACAUGUUGAUUAAAAUCAUUGGCAACUCGGUGGGGGCCUUAGGAAACCUGACCUUGGUGCUAGCCAUCAUUGUCUUCAUCUUUGCCGUGGUGGGGAUGCAGCUUUUCGGCAAGAGCUACAAGGAAUGUGUCUGCAAGAUCAACCCCGAGUGUGAGCUUCCACGAUGGCACAUGCACGACUUCUUCCACUCUUUCCUUAUCGUCUUCCGUGUGCUGUGUGGGGAGUGGAUUGAAACCAUGUGGGACUGUAUGGAAGUGGCAGGACAGGCCAUGUGCCUUAUUGUCUUCAUGAUGGUGAUGGUCAUUGGAAAUCUGGUGGUAUUGAACCUGUUCUUGGCUUUGUUGCUGAGCUCUUUCAGCGCAGACAACCUUGCAGCGACAGAUGAUGACGGCGAGAUGAACAACUUGCAGAUCUCAGUCAUCCGGAUCAAGAAAGGCAUUGCCUGGGCCAAGAUUAGAAUGCACGAGUUUGUGCAGACCCACUUCAAGCAGCAGGAAGCGGAUGAAGUGAAGCCACUAGACGAGCUGUAUGACAAGAAGAUGAACUGCAUCGCCAACCACACCGGCGCCGACAUCAACCGGGAGAUCGAUUACCAGAAGAACGGCAAUGGCACCACCAGUGGCAUUGGCAGCAGCGUGGAAAAGUACAUCAUUGAUGAAGACCACAUGUCUUUCAUCAACAACCCUAACCUCACCGUCCGUGUCCCCAUAGCUGUGGGUGAGUCUGACUUUGAGAACCUCAACACGGAAGAUUUCAGCAGUGACACUGACCCCGAUGGCAGCAAAGAGAAACUGGAUGAUACAAGUUCGUCGGAGGGCAGUACCAUUGAUAUAAAGCCUGAGGCAGAGGAGGUUCCUGUGGAAGCACCAGAAGAAUACCUGGAUCCGGACGCGUGUUUCACAGAAGGCUGCGUUCAGCGGUUCAAGUGCUGCGAAGUCAGCAUUGAAGAAGGGUGGGGCAAGUCGUGGUGGAACUUACGAAAGACAUGCUUUCUUAUUGUGGAGCAUAACUGGUUUGAGACGUUCAUUAUCUUCAUGAUCUUGCUAAGCAGUGGAGCCCUGGCCUUUGAAGAUAUUUACAUAGAACAGAGAAAGACCAUACGGACUGUCUUGGAGUAUGCCGACAAAGUCUUCACUUACAUCUUUAUCCUCGAAAUGUUGUUGAAGUGGUGUGCCUAUGGAUUCGUGAAGUUCUUCACUAAUGCCUGGUGCUGGCUAGAUUUCCUCAUUGUAGCAGUCUCUUUAGUCAGCCUUGUAGCUAAUGCCCUUGGCUACUCGGAACUAGGUGCCAUUAAAUCCCUUAGGACACUCAGAGCUUUGAGGCCUUUAAGAGCGUUGUCCCGAUUUGAGGGGAUGAGGGUGGUUGUGAAUGCCUUGGUGGGAGCUAUACCAUCCAUUAUGAAUGUGUUGUUGGUCUGCCUUAUCUUCUGGCUGAUUUUCAGCAUAAUGGGGGUUAAUCUUUUUGCUGGGAAGUAUCAUUACUGCUUUAAUGAGACGUCCGAGUAUCGAUUCGAGAUAGAAGAAGUCAACAACAAGUCAGACUGCGAGAAGCUCAUGAAUCCCAACGAAACGGAGAUCCGGUGGAAGAACGUAAAGAUUAACUUUGACAAUGUUGGUGCAGGGUACCUGGCCCUUCUGCAAAUUGCAACCUUUAAAGGCUGGAUGGACAUAAUGUAUGCAGCAGUAGAUUCUAGAAAGCAAGAUCAGCAGCCCAAGUAUGAGGACAACAUCUAUAUGUACAUCUACUUUGUCAUCUUCAUCAUCUUCGGAUCCUUCUUCACCUUGAAUCUCUUUAUCGGUGUCAUCAUUGACAAUUUCAAUCAGCAAAAGAAAAAGUUUGGAGGUCAGGAUAUCUUCAUGACAGAGGAGCAGAAGAAAUACUACAACGCCAUGAAAAAACUGGGCUCCAAGAAACCUCAGAAGCCAAUUCCAAGGCCUCUGAAUAGAGUCCAAGGAGCUGUUUUCGACUUUGUCACCCAGCAAGCGUUUGACAUACUGAUCAUGCUGCUCAUCUGCCUCAACAUGGUGACUAUGAUGGUUGAGACGGACACACAGAGCAAACAGAUGGAAGAAAUCCUCUACUGGAUCAACCUGGUCUUUGUUAUCUUUUUCACAUGCGAGUGUGUGCUGAAAAUGUUUGCCUUGCGUCACUACUACUUCACUAUUGGCUGGAACAUUUUUGAUUUUGUGGUUGUCAUUCUCUCCAUCGUGGGUAUGUUCUUGGCUGAAAUCAUAGAGAAAUACUUUGUGUCACCUACUCUCUUCAGAGUCAUCCGCCUGGCCCGUAUUGGCCGCAUCCUGCGCCUGAUCAAAGGAGCCAAAGGGAUCCGCACCCUGCUUUUUGCCUUAAUGAUGUCUUUGCCUGCCUUGUUCAACAUUGGUCUCCUGCUCUUCCUGGUUAUGUUCAUCUUUUCCAUCUUUGGGAUGUCCAACUUUGCCUACGUCAAGCACGAGGCUGGCAUCGAUGACAUGUUCAACUUUGAGACUUUUGGCAACAGUAUGAUUUGCUUGUUCCAGAUCACUACCUCAGCUGGGUGGGAUGGUUUGCUUUUGCCCAUCCUCAACAGGCCACCGGACUGUGAUUUGACUAAGGAACACCCCGGGAGUGGUUUCAAAGGCGACUGCGGGAAUCCCUCGGUGGGGAUCUUCUUCUUUGUUAGCUACAUCAUCAUCUCCUUUCUGAUUGUGGUGAAUAUGUACAUUGCCAUCAUUCUGGAGAACUUCAGCGUAGCUACGGAGGAGAGCGCCGACCCGCUGAGCGAAGACGACUUUGAGACCUUCUACGAGAUCUGGGAGAAGUUUGACCCCGAUGCCACGCAAUUCAUUGAGUACUGCAAGCUGGCAGACUUUGCUGACGCCUUGGAGCACCCUCUCCGCGUCCCGAAGCCCAACACUAUUGAACUCAUUGCCAUGGACUUGCCGAUGGUGAGCGGGGAUAGAAUCCACUGCUUGGACAUCCUGUUUGCCUUUACCAAGCGGGUGCUGGGCGAUAGCGGCGAGCUGGACAUCCUGAGGCAGCAGAUGGAGGAGAGGUUUGUGGCUUCGAAUCCAUCCAAAGUGUCUUACGAGCCUAUCACAACCACACUGCGGCGCAAGCAGGAAGAGGUCUCUGCAUUGGUCAUCCAGAGGGCGUACCGGGCUCGCUUAAUAAGGAGGGGCUUUAUUUACCGAAAGAACGUCUCCAAUAAGAUGGAAAACGGAGGGACAAACAGGGAGAAAAAAGAAGGUACCCCGUCCACAGCGUCCCUCCCAUCCUAUGACAGUGUGACUAAGCCCGAAAAGGAGAAACAGCGAGCCGAGGAAGGGAGACGGGAAAGAGCGAAAAGGCAAAGAGACACCAGGGAACCCAAAUAUUGAGAUGAUCCGUAACAUUAAUAACUCUAGGGGAAAAAGUAUGAGCGGAAAAGAUUGUUUACAAACUUCCCGAUAAAAUAUAUAUCAAUAGUGAACAGCUGUGGAGACACUUUACCUGAAGAUCCUAUACCAAACAUAGUCUGCUUACUGUGUGACCAUGUUGCAUCUCAAAGCAGUGAUCUACCACCUGUUUAACGGACCCAUCUAGGCAAAUAUAUUAAAAAAAACAGGAAACAAUGCAAAGGCGGGGUAAAAAAAAAAAAGGAUUUUAUACUGUUUGGGCAGGUGGAUACUGCAUGUUCCACAUCAGUCAAUGCAACUUAGGACAAACAAGCAAAAUAAAACACACACACACACACACACUUAAGGAAAAACAAACAAACCUGCUGCUUUAGGAUUCGUAUAUAUUUUUUCCGAAGCAGCCAAAAUGGAUUUUAUUUUUCUCAUUUUAUUGAAAGGAAACCCAGAACAAAAACAAAACAAAAAAACCCCAUCACUUUGAAGGGUUGGGUUGCUCAUGCAAAACUAGAUUUUCAUACUUGACAUUUAGUUUAAGCACCAAAAAAACAAACAAAAAAACAAAAAAAUUAGAACAAGGGGGAAAACAAAUUGAGCAACGACAAAAAGCUGAAACGAAACGACACAUAUUUAGCCCAUGUCAUUUAAUCAUCAUAGUUCCUUUGGUAUUUAUUAUCUGCAUACUUCUUUAUUAUAUGGGCUUCACCAUGGUUUGGGAGAUGGGGAUAAUCAGGUGUUUUCAGCCUGCCAAAACUCGCUCAGGCCGAUUCCAAAAAUAAAAUAAAAUAAAAUUGUGCUCGUUUCAAUGCAUAGAAAUGAUUUGCAUGAUGGCAUGCUGUGAUCAGGAAUCAUGCAUGAGGAAUCAUAAAAUCACAAGACACUCAAUAUGCUGUCCAGGCCUUGUGUUAAGCCAUAUGUUCGAGGCACUCCACUGACUACGGCACACUGUAUUGGGAGAGUUACUCUUAGCUAUAUCUAUGCCCUUCCGCCAAGUUACCAAUCCUUAGAUCUUUCCAUGCACCUCCUCUAGGAAGAACAAAAAUGUGAAACCAACUGACGGAGACUUGUUUAUGUGUAUGUUUAUUAACCAUGCAGCCAUAUAUUUUUUGCACUUUUUAAAAGAAACAGCAAACACGGGAAAUGCUGCUCUUAAAAGCCUUCUGAUGGAAAAAGACCAUGCAGCAAUGGUUUCUUAAUACAAUGUCGCUGUCAAAGAGUGCUUUAGGGCUUCAAGAAAACCCACCCGGUAGUUUUGUUUCCUGCAAUACUCGCAAUUACUCUUUAGCCUCCAUUCCGCAGUGUAGGUAACUUCCCCCCCCCUCCCCUGUUAGACAUGAAAAAGUGCUAUCGGAAACAGCACGUUAUCUUUCAAAGGUGCAAUUUUCAGCAGAUCUAUAAAGCAAUUUUAUCGAGGAGGGUAGGGUUACGACAGGGAAGUUUACAGCACUGUGUGCCAUAUUUACAUGCUGGCGGUUGCGUCCUUUGGGAUCGUUCUGAUGCAAGGAACUCAACAAUGGGGCACAAGCUGCUUCCCAGAAAAGUGGCCUCUACUAAGCGUUCUUCCAUUGACAGAUUUCCUGCAGCUUGCAGUCUUGACAUUGCACGAUUUUGUUUGCUUUUUUGCAUUUGUUUGUUUAUAUAUUUUUUACAGGAAACGCAAACCAAAAUGCUAGCAACAAUAACCACAAUGUUAAAAACCAACGUUUAGUAGAACAUCACACGUUUGAUGAGCAAAGUAGCCGUGUGACAUGGGUGCAGCGCUGAGAGAGAAAGUGUCCUAUAUGUCGUGUGCCUUCACCAACUUUGCAUUUCAUCCCACAUUGUUGUCAUAAUUUUAACCAGUCCUGCAAAAUUCAGGUAGGGAUGAAAGAGCUACCUCUCAACUAGUCUUAACUCUAAAUUGACGGGAGUCUCACCCUGGGGGGGUUUGGGGGUGGGUGGGAACAUAAUUUUUGUGUUUCUAGUUAGUACCUGGGCAUCUCAAUAUUUCGAAAUGUUUCAUUGUGUCACCUUCAACGAGUCGAUCAUACUGAGAAUUCAGUUGUGUGGGUUUUUCUUUGUUUUUUAGGGGCACGGGCUUGUGGAGUAGUUCUCGCUGAUGGGCCAAAGGUUGUAUUGCACUAUAACCAAGACUCUGUUCCAUCAUGCAGCUUAAAAGAGAAGGCAUAGGCUGCUAUGAAUCGUUUAGAAUGCCUGGUUGCAAAAAGGGAGGUGUACUGAACUUUUUUUGAGGGCGCGAUGAAAGAAAACAAGCUGUUUGAAUGUGGACCAAAUAAAUUGUAUCUAUAAAAGGGCAAAAACACACACACACAAAAUAAUCACUCAAAAUAUUCCAAAAGCAAAACAAACAAAUAGCAAUGCCUUUUAGAUAGCUGGCAGAGGCUUGACCUAUAGAAUCUCGCAGCCUAGAUGCCCGCAACAAGGGUCUUGUAGAAAGCAAGCCAUUCGAUAGACAUCUGUGCCAAGUUGGACUUUUUAAAUGCAUAGUCUAGCUAUCAUGAAAUCAGUGGAAGAAUUCUGCUGUACCAGAUACCACAAGGAACAAAACAUUUCUAUCCUGUUAGACUUACCCCACUUACUCCUACAAUGUGUAUAAUAAAAAUAAAAAUAAAAAAAAUACAUGCAUAUGUACAGGCAACAUUGUAAACAGCACAACAACAACAAAAGCUGAAAAAUGUGGUUGAACUUUUUAAAAGAAUAUUAUAAAUACUGUAAUAUAUCAUUUUAUUUUAUUGGCAUGCCUUUUUGUAAAUAACAAAGGACUACAAAAAAUUAAAUAGAAUGGCUUCUGGCGUAUGCCACUGUCCAUGUUUAAUUUUAUAUCUAUAUAUAAUACAUUUUUUUCUCUUUCUUUUUUCCACUUUUGAGACAAUGUCAACUUAUGUACAUCCCCACAGGGGGAGGAGAUAAAGCCUCCCAAACAGACACAGAGCAAAGCUUUAUUGCAAAGUUACCUUUACAACAAACGGAAAUAUUUAGACUAUAUUUUGGUUCUGAGGUGCAAUAUAUUUUGACCACUUCUAUGCAAGAUUUGGCUAAAUGUCAUAAUUGUUCUUUAGCUGGACUAUUGUUCCAUAUGGAAAGCUCGGUACAUGUAGUGUUUGUGCUGUCAAAUUUUACUAAGCAAUUUUUAGUAAAAAUGCCCUGCAAUCUAUAUUUACAUUGGGUCAUUAUUUAGCGAUACUUGAACUUUCUUACGUUACACUAGCUUUACUAACAAAUAAAAGUUAUUAACAAACAGCUUCAGAGCUGAGGGCUAUGUCCUACUAAAGUGAAUACUUUUGCUUUUUCUAGUUGCUACACUACAUUUCUUUUUUUCCAUUUCUUUUUUGGGGACAGUUGUUUAAACAAACAAUCGGCCAAACUUCACAGAUAUUGUGAAACUUGCUCCGUAUUUUUAUAUGCAUCGUAAUUUAAGCAAAGCGUAGAAUAUUGGGGAAAUCUUACUCAAAAAUUAACAAUCACAAAAAGGUAGUUUGAGACAUACAGACAGCAUAUAAAGAUAUAUAGAAUCAAAGAAUUUGGCAAUAAAGAAGGAAUCCUAUUAGUUUAACAGGCAUGGCCAAUGCUUUUUUGAGAAAGCAUUAGAAAAUUAGAAAUCAGAGAAAUCUCAAAAUCAUUGAGAACAGUUAGAAAACGUACAUUUAAUUUUGAUAGUGCUGAUUUUUAAGCUCAACAUUUUGUACUCCCCACCAACACCAGAAAAGGUGCUGUAUAGAAUUUUGUUGAAAUGUUGUUUUUCUGAGAAUAUUUAAAUUAGUUUUUGCUUUUAUGUUCAUUUCUUUCUUUAUUUGGAGUGGUAGAAUUAGUAAGAAAAAGCAAUCUGGUUUUCUGGGCUGUCUGAUUAAAUGGGUAGUGGAGAUUUCUAAUCAGCCAACAAUGAAUGGCAGGUGCUUUGUGAAAGUGACAUGGAAGAUCUUCAAUCAAGUCACAACCAGGGGGGAAAACACUCAUACAUCAAGUCAUUUGGCAUAAAUACUAUGGCUGGGCUUGCAACUUCUCACAAACUCAUGCCACUCCAACCAUCCUCUCCCUCACAAAAAACAAAACCAGAACUUGAGGGUAUUAUUGUUAAUACAAUUGAAUGGUAUAAAUGGCAAUAGGCCUUGGGAGAAAACAUAACUUCAAGACUGCAUUUAUUUAUUUUUUGAACACGUAUAAUUUGGACAAUAUUCUUUAGAACAGUGGUCAGGUUGUGACAAGUUCCUAUAUCAAAAAUGCUGGAUAUUUUAAAAUAAUAUGACCAACUUCCUUUGUUUUCCUUCUUCAACUACUUGGAUUGUUUUUACGAAGACUCCAAGAAUUCAAGUUUUCCUUAACCAACAGACAACUUUAUGAUGCAGAAAUGCUUAGUAAAACUAUGUAAUUGAGAAGAUAAUUGAAAACUGACUUGUGCAUGAAGGGGGAAAUCUAGAAUUCAAAAUACCAGUGUUACAGGAAGUAUUGUUCUGAUCACUGUUGUCACUUUUAUCUGUGGAAUUUUUCUGGAGGGUAUUAUGUAAGGAAAUCCUGCUUCUUUUGCUCUCGACACAUUUUAUUAUUGAGGGUUUAGAAUGAAAAUUACUCCUAACUUCAAAUAUUUCUAACAGUGCAAAAAUGUGCAAUCCAAUCUCUAUAUUAUUGUUUCACUAGGAGGAAUCAGGAGCUUUAGUUAGAAAGCAGAAAAUGUUUUGCUCUUCAGGUGGGAAGUUGCAUCAAGAUACAUAUGUAUAUCCCUGUUUGUUCUCUCUCUAUUUUGUAAAGACAUGGGGCAAAAAUGAUAUUGCCCCAGUUUCACCCUACACCCAGUCCUCCCAUUUAAACUUUUAAGAUAAAGGGGAAAUGCUGAGGAAUCUUAAACUCAAGAUUCAUAGACCCGUUAGGAUUUGCAUAUCUGCCGUAAUCCGUCUUGCAAGUGCAGAUUGCCAGUAGUGAAUUAUCCUUGGGGAGGAGACAUUAUUCAGUGGUAAAGUACUUUAUUUUCCUACAGAAGGUUACAAGUUUAAUCCUAGACUAAGGUUACCAGACGUCCCCAUUUCCCGGGGACAGUCCCCAGAUGUACAAAUCAGUCCUGAUACAAAAUCCAUUGAAGUUGAAAAGUGUCCCCGGAUUCACUGAAAAAAAAUCUGGUAGCCUUAUCCUAGACAUCUCCACAUAAAAGGAUCAGGUAAGAUGUGAUGUAAAAGACCCUCUGCUUAAAGUCUUGGAGAGCUACUGCCAGCCCAACUAGAAAACACUGGGCUAAAUGAGCAAAUAGUCUGACCUCAUAUAAAUUGGCUGCUCCUUCUUAGAUAGCUUGGUGGCUCAUUGUAGUCGUUAUAAGAAAACACACUUUAAUGAACUAUGUUGCUGCCGCUGCUAGCCAAAGAACAUGAAAUGAACAUUCCCAGUUCAACUGCACAUGGGAAAGUUGGUUUGAUGUGUGUGUUCUGCAUUUCAGCGGUUAAAAAGUUUCUGUAGCAAUCGUAUUAACUCCUAAGAAUGUAAGGGAACUGGGCCUGCUAGGUUGAGAAUUAGCAUGCAGUUAUUCUCAAAUAGAUAGUUGUGGCAAUUAUCAAAGAAGCAGGGUCUGGCCAUCCAGAAAUCGUCAAUUAUGGUUGACAUUUGUUUCUUGCACUGAUAGACUGCGCAAAAACCUUUGGUGAUUCUCUGAAGCAAAAUGCUGUUGACCUAGUGCUAUCCUCCAAAACUUUGUAAUUCAAAGUUCGGGAAGCAAAGGCAAAAUCUUGAUAGCUCGGGAGUGAUCUUGCCAAUAAUUUUUAGUUAAGACGCCAGCUUGAGCAUUGAAAAACAGAGAUUCGAUUUUAUUUUUAUUUUAUUUUUUACUCUGAUACAAAAUCCCCUGUCGUACAGGGUACAUUCAGGUACAAUGAACAGGCCUAAAUGUGGCCCAGUGAGAAUGUUUUCUUGGGCCGAGAGUCUGACGCUUGAAAUUGGUUGCCUCGUGGCAACCAGUACAGGGCAACAGCGUGAUCUGAUAUUCGUCAUCAAUGAACUGAAAGGUGGCUACCUGUACAGGACCAAGGGGCCGCUUCAUAUUUCAUGUUGUAAAGUAUUUUCAGUGUGAACGUAGCCAUGUUUGAAAACGAGGCAUAUGUGACCUCUUACAUGUUUGCCGGCACACAUGCAAGGUUGCGGUGCCAAUGUGGCUCCGAAGCAUUGCUCAGUCUCCUAAGCACCAGCUGGUUCGAAAAGCCCGUCUAAAUAUAUGAAGGUUCACAUGCACCUCUGGGGGGAUGAAUGGAGAAAAUAGCCUGAACUGGCUCUUAUGAACUGGAGAAUGACAUGAAAGUGAAGGGCUCAGAUAUCAUGGUGAUGAAGACCGUAGAUAGAUGGUAGUUUGAAACCCUCUGGUCUCCAUCACCAUGUUGAGGACUUCAGUUUCGAGACUAUGCACCAGCAUGAAAAGGCCCUUACCUGGGGAUUGCAGGUAAGCACUCACAAUCAUGUCCCGUCCGCAACCUUGGCCUUCUUCUGCUACGUAUGUUAUUACUCCUUCCAAGCCAGAAGGUUCUCAGGUUGAUACUGCACUUGCCUUGGUACAGGAAAUGGGUAGCUCUGUGGUCCUGUGUGUUCCAUGUCCUCUCCUCCUUUUGCCGUCUCUUGCAUAUCGGUAACAGUCUCUCCAUAAACAGUAUGUGCUAGGGCUUUAGCUGCACAUAGGUCAGUGGAAAGCCACUCCUUUGGCUUAUAGCAGUUCUGAAUCCAUCCACCGGACAAAAGUAAUAUGCCUACGCUUUGCACUUUAAAUAAUUUGUUCCAAUCAGCUGCUUGUACAUUUCUCUCUCCCCGCCCCCACUUUUAAAUCUUUCCAUUUAAAGGGCUGAGAUGCGACACCUUUCCUUCAUCCGCUAGCUAUGACUCCCCGGUUGCCAGGUGGUUAAGAGGAAAACAAUUUUGUAUUAUUAUUGUGUUUCUACAAGCUCACAGAUUAUUUGGGGAAUCACACCCAUGCGUGUCUCCUUGUCUGUUGUAUGAGGCUUUGUUUUGUUUUGUUUUUGUUUUUUAAAAAGUGAGGUGGAACUGGGGCAUUGAAAUUUGCUCAGAAAGUGGCUCGUUUGCUGUGGUUGUGGAUAGUUGUGCAUGCCGCAGGUUCGUUUCUCCUGUCAUAGUUUUGUGGUUUGGGUUACAUGUUUACCCCCGUUUUCCUUCCCACAGUUCAGAAUAUAUGGGAUCAGGCACACUUGCAGGCAGAGGAAUUCACUGCACUAAUGAAUAGCAAAAUAAACAUUUUGUGUUUCAAAAGUUACAGUGAUCACCUCCAUGUGAGGGUGAUGGGGACUACCCUGAGUGAAGAAGAAGGUGAAUGGAUUAUCAUUCAUUAGAAGAGAUCCCACACCCUAAUUAAAAAAAAGACAAAACAUUAAUCCAAACAUUGUGAGUCUCCCUUUAGUAGUGAAAGAGAGAGAGACUCUACUAUUAAACAAGUUUGGACUUUUGUGAUGUAGGACGCUUCCAGACAGGUUCUUAAUAUGGGAUGAGUACUCCUCAUGCUGACAAUUUUUUCACAGUGCAAUACUAGCCCAUGGUCUCUCCACCCCCUUUUCAUUCUGGUGUAUCCUUUCCAAGGAAAAUGUGAUGUUAAGAAACAAAUCUGUUGCCAACAUCCCAUCUGCAAUAGUAGGUCCCUAUCUGGAAGCACAUAUAGAGUAAUUCAACAAGAAAAAUGUCACCAAAUAUCCAAAGUGGCUGAAAUUGGCUUGGAAUUAUGUGUUGUCGCAGAUACAUAUAUAUCCAAAUUUUCCCGUAGGUUGAUGCAUGUUGCAUUUGUAUGUAGAGGGGUGUGAGGGUGUGAAUGUCUCUAGAAAGUGCAUUUUGUAGAGGAGGGGAUAGAAACUGCUUUUCAGGUGUUAAGAGCUGAAUAUUGAAAAACAGAACUAUUGUGAUUACUGUUUUCAGCUCCACGGCUGAUCUGGUGUGCGUGCGUGUGUGUCCCCAAACUUGGGAGAGUCACCUAACCUCUCUAUGUGCCUCAGUUUUACCCAUCUGUAAAACGGGUAAUUACCUACCUCACAGGGGUGUUGUGAGGCUUAAUUUAAUUCACGUCUGUUCAAAUGCUUUUCUGAGAUUCACAACUGCAAGUGCUGUUUAAGUGUGUAUAGGGCAGAGCAUGGACUAAGGGGAAAGCAUAGUGAGAUGGUGCCAUUAAUGCUGCUAAUUAAGAAAGUCACUGCUAUCGCUUCUUCCCUCCCUCUCCCCCCCCCCCAGCAGAUAUCAGGGCAACUAUUUUCUUGCUGCACUUUGCUUGUUCCCCACCCUACCCCUCAAUAAUGUCUUUAUUUUCAGCCCCUUUAGACCCUAACCCAGUAGAUUUUAUUCUGCUUUAAGACACACACAAACAAACAAACAAAACAAAGCAAAUGAGGAAAAGGAGGAGUUUUGGGGAGGGGAGAAAGAGCAUGUGUGUGGUUUUUUUUAUAUAAAAAAAAUACCUACUUCAACAAAAUAGCUGGGAUGAAAGAUGAAUACCGUCUGACUUAUUUGAUUUCCUUUGUACUGUACAUCUUUUUACUUUGGAAUUUGCAAUAAAAAGGUAUGUCCAUCUUG